UUCAGGAAACAUGUCAUCACCAAGGGUGGGCGUGGUCAGAGACUCCAUGCUGACCAAUCCGCUGCUGAUCAAGGCAUCUCUGGGUCAGACCAGGUCCAGAGGUCUCUCAGUUCCUGGUCCAGAUUUCACCUUUGGGACCGGCAGCAGCUCACUGCGAGACGGUGGCGUGGCUGAGGUUCUGUCCAGUUGGAGCGUCCAGUCCACACAUGAAGACUCUGCUCCUCAUCGACCGGGCAUUCCGGACUUCGUGUCUCUGAACCGGGACGCGGUGAAGUCUGGUCUGGUGACGUCCAAAGAACUGAGUCAGUACCGGGCCAGAGAGGGCGUGGCCAAGACAGCACGCCCCGCUCCAAGACAGCGAGAGGGCGGGGCUUCACUGUGCCCGGUGGUGCCUGACAUCACCUUUGGAGCCACAACAAGGGCGUCGUCUCCUCUGUCCGACCUCCUCUCUCAUCAGUACGCUCGCCGCUGGCUGGACGAACAGCUGAGCAGGAAUCAAACCAGCAACCACAAACAGCUGCACAGGGUUAGACCAGGCUGUGUCCCAGAGACCAGGACCAGUCUGCUGAGGAGGAGCAGAGCUCUGCCUGUCCCACAGACACCAUUCAGACUGGCACACUUCACACAGGUUCCUCCGGCUCUGGACACCUUCAGGGACCAGGAGGCUCGUCUCCGGGCUUUCAGGGCUCAUCAGUCCGAGUCGGUGUCCAGGAGAGGACACCGGGGUCUGGGAACAUACAGUGUGGACUGA